AUGGGUUCAAAGAGAAGGUUUUCAGAAGAAAAUAUGGCAGAAGAGAAGCAAUUGCACCACGAGCACCCGGAUCCCGUAGCGACGUCUAUUCCAGAGAAGGCUGCAGAAAUCGCAGAGGAGUUGACGCGGAAACACCCGCCCUCACCAUCGCCUCCACUGAUUCACCACGAUGCUGGGGAGUUUACCGGGCUUUUCCGGCACCACACUACUGCGGAGCAAGCGCAGAAGUUGGAGGAUGGGAAGGUCAACCCAUUUACAGGUGGUAAGUUUAGCGCAAACUACGUCAAGAUCUUGAAAGUGAGGCGUGAUUUACCUGUGCACGCGCAGAGGGACGAGUUCUUGCGGAUAUACCAGGAGAACCAGAUUAUGGUGUUCGUUGGUGAGACUGGGUCCGGUAAGACCACGCAGAUCCCGCAGUUUGUGCUGUACGACGAGAUGCCACACUUGGAGAACACGCAGAUUGCGUGUACUCAGCCACGUCGUGUUGCCGCAAUGAGUGUGGCACAGAGAGUUGCGGAGGAGAUGGAUGUCAAGCUGGGCGAAGAGGUUGGUUAUUCGAUCAGAUUCGAGAACAAGACCUCGAACAAGACAAUACUGAAGUACAUGACCGACGGUAUGCUUUUGAGAGAGGCAAUGGAGGACCACGACUUGAAGAAAUACUCGUGCAUUGUGCUGGAUGAGGCGCACGAACGUACCCUUGCUACCGAUAUCCUGAUGGGGUUGCUGAAACAAGUGGUACAGAGAAGGAAGGAUCUGAAGAUUAUUAUCAUGUCCGCCACACUGGAUGCGGAAAAGUUUCAAAGCUAUUUCAACGACGCGCCUCUGCUGGCUGUCCCCGGGAGAACUUUCCCCGUUGAGAUAUAUUACACUCCGGAGUUCCAAAGAGACUACUUGGACUCCGCAAUUCGCACAGUGCUGCAGAUACACGCCACAGAGGAGGAAGGUGAUAUCUUGCUGUUCUUGACUGGUGAAGACGAAAUUGAGGAGGCGGUGAGAAAGAUUUCUUUGGAAGGUGACCAGUUGACCAGAGAGGAAGGUUGCGGUCCACUGUCCGUUUACCCAUUGUACGGUUCCCUGCCACCACACAUGCAGCAGCGUAUCUUCGAACCUGCACCGCAGUCCCACAACGGUAGACCAGGGCGGAAAGUCGUCGUCUCCACAAACAUUGCGGAAACGUCAUUGACUAUCGACGGUAUUGUGUACGUUGUCGACCCUGGGUUCUCCAAACAGAAAGUUUACAACCCAAGAAUCAGAGUCGAGUCGCUGCUGGUGUCGCCCAUCUCUAAGGCCUCGGCACAACAGAGAGCUGGUCGUGCCGGUCGUACCAGACCAGGUAAGUGUUUCAGACUGUACACGGAGGAAGCCUUCCAAAAGGAGUUGAUAGAGCAAAGUUACCCAGAGAUUCUGCGUUCCAACUUAUCGUCUACUGUGCUGGAACUUAAGAAACUGGGCAUUGACGAUUUAGUCCACUUCGAUUUCAUGGAUCCUCCAGCCCCAGAAACGAUGAUGAGGGCGUUGGAGGAGUUGAAUUACUUGGCGUGCUUGGACGAUGACGGAAACUUGACUCCACUGGGAAGGUUAGCCUCACAGUUCCCACUGGACCCAAUGCUAGCGGUCUUGCUUAUCGGAUCCUUCGAGUUCCAUUGUUCGCAAGAAAUACUGACCAUCGUGGCCAUGUUGUCCGUUCCAAAUGUCUUCAUCCGUCCGUCGAAAGACAGGAAGAGAUCUGACGAUGCCAAGAACGUCUUUGCACACCCUGAUGGGGACCACUUAACUUUGCUGAACGUGUACCACGGGUUCAAGUCCGACGAAGCUUACGAGUUCGGGAUCCAGAAAUGGUGUCGAGAGCAUUUCUUGAAUUACAGGUCGUUGGCUGCCGCGGAUAACAUCCGCAACCAACUGGAGAGGCUGAUGUUGCGCCACAACCUGGAGCUGAACACCACGGACUACGACUCUCCAAAGUACUUCGACAACAUCAGGAAGGCGCUAGCCGCUGGGUUCUUCAUGCAGGUUGCCAAGAAGAGAUCUGGUGGGAAGGGCUACAUCACCGUGAAGGAUAACCAGGACGUCCUGAUCCACCCGAGCACGGUGAUCGGCCACGACUCCGAAUGGGUCAUCUACAACGAGUUUGUGUUGACCUCCAAGAACUACAUCAGAACAGUGACUUCCGUGAGGCCCGAAUGGCUGAUCGAGUUCGCUCCAGCGUACUACGACCUGGACAACUUCCAGAAGGGUGACAUCAAAAUGUCACUCGAGAGGGUCCAAGAGAAAGUCGACCGGAUGAAGGAUCUUCAUACCAGCUCGAAGAAGUCCAAGAGCAAGAAAAGCAAGAACUAG